AUUGAAUAAACGCGUUAAUUCAUUACAAAUAAUCAGUGAGAGAAAUGGAAACAUAUAACUGAGCGGAGGGAUUCUCAGAUCUAUUCGACGAAACUGAAAACCACCGUCGUGAGGAGAGGUCGUCUUCUUCUCGACGAUCGCUUUCUCAGUCUAUCAUCGUUGUGUUUCUCUCGCUCUCGGGUAAUGCUACUGAUCGUCACCGUGAACCUGUGCUUGAUUCGCUUCCCUUUUGAAUUGAUCUGAUCUGAGAGCUGCUUCUGUAAUCUAGGAAUAUGCUGACCAAAUUCGAGACCAAAAGUAACAGAGUUAAGGGUCUGACCUUCCACCCUAAAAGACCAUGGAUUCUCGCCAGUUUGCACAGUGGUGUGAUCCAGCUCUGGGAUUAUCGUAUGGGUACUUUGAUCGAUCGAUUUGACGAACACGAAGGACCUGUUCGUGGUGUUCACUUCCACAGCUCACAGCCUCUCUUCGUCUCGGGAGGGGAUGAUUACACGAUUAAAGUUUGGAACUACAAAACACACAGGUGCCUUUUCACCCUUCUCGGGCAUCUCGAUUAUAUCCGCACUGUCCAAUUUCACCACGAAAACCCAUGGAUUGUGAGUGCUAGUGACGAUCAGACUAUCCGCAUAUGGAACUGGCAGUCACGGACUUGUAUUUCUGUGUUGACUGGUCACAAUCAUUAUGUAAUGUGUGCUUCUUUCCACCCAAAAGACGACCUUGUCGUAUCGGCAUCCUUGGAUCAGACUGUACGUGUCUGGGAUAUUGGUUCUCUUAGGCAGAAGUCCGUAUCUCCUGCUGAUGACCUGCUGCGUUUGAGUCAGAUGAAUGCUGAUCUUUUUGGUGGUGUUGACGCUAUAGUCAAGUACGUCCUCGAAGGUCAUGACAGAGGAGUAAACUGGGCUUCUUUUCAUCCUACUUUGCCUCUCAUUGUCUCUGGCGCAGAUGACCGCCAGAUAAAAUUGUGGCGCAUGAAUGAAACUAAAGCCUGGGAGGUGGAUACAUUGCGAGGCCAUAUGAAUAAUGUGUCAUCUGUUAUGUUCCACGCAAAACAGGACAUAAUUGUCUCUAACUCUGAGGAUAAAAGCAUCCGUGUCUGGGACGCUACCAAGCGAACUGGGCUUCAGACUUUCCGCCGCGAACAUGAUAGAUUCUGGAUUCUCGCAGUUCACCCAGAGAUGAAUCUACUGGCAGCGGGACAUGACAGUGGUAUGAUCGUCUUCAAGCUUGAGAGAGAGCGUCCUGCAUUUGCUUUGAGUGGCAACUCCUUAUAUUAUGCCAAGGAUAGGUUUUUGCGAUACUAUGAAUUCUCAACACAGAGAGACUCACAAGUCAUCCCUAUACGGCGUCCUGGUACUGCAAGCUUGAACCAAAGUCCAAGGACUUUAUCUUACAGUCCGACAGAAAAUGCAGUGCUCAUCUGCUCAGAUCUGGAUGGUGGUUCUUACGAGUUGUACAUCAUACCGAAAGAUAGCAUUGGCAGGAGUGACUUUGUGCAAGAGGCAAAGAGGGGGACUGGUGGUUCUGCAGUUUUCAUAGCCCGGAAUCGGUUUGCUGUUCUUGAGAAAAGCACCAAUCAAGUGCUAGUCAAGAAUCUCAAGAACGAGGUGGUUAAAAAGGGUACCCUGCCAAUACCUACUGAUGCUAUAUUUUAUGCAGGUACUGGAAAUCUUCUUUGCAGAUCUGAGGAUAAAGUGGUUAUUUUUGACCUUCAGCAAAGACUGGUUCUCGGUGAUCUUCAAACUCCGUUUGUUAGGUACGUUGUUUGGUCUAAUGAUAUGGAGAGUGUUGCUUUGCUCAGCAAACAUAAUAUCAUUAUAGCAAGCAAGAAGCUGGUCCACCAGUGCACCCUUCAUGAGACAAUCCGCGUGAAGAGUGGAGCUUGGGAUGAUAAUGGUGUCUUCAUCUACACAACCCUGAACCAUAUAAAGUACUGUCUUCCAAAUGGCGAUAGUGGAAUAAUCAGAACUCUGGAAGUCCCUAUCUACAUCACAAAGGUUACUGCAAAUAUAAUUUUCUGCUUGGAUCGAGAUGGGAAGAACCGGAUUAUUACCAUUGAUGCAACAGAGUACAUUUUCAAGCUUUCGCUGAUGAGAAAAAAAUACGACCAUGUAAUGAGCAUGAUAAGAAACUCCCAGCUGUGUGGGCAGGCUAUGAUCGCUUACCUGCAGCAGAAAGGAUUUCCUGAAGUUGCCCUCCACUUUGUUGAAGACGAGAGGAUCCGAUUCAACCUGGCUCUUGAAAGUGGCAACAUCAGUGUAGCUGUUGCAUCCGCUACACAGAUUAAUGAUAAAGACCUCUGGUAUAGACUUGGGGUGGAGGCUCUUCGCCAAGGUAAUUCUGGAAUUGUUGAGUUUGCGUACCAGCAGACAAAGAACUUUGAGAGGUUAUCGUUUCUAUAUCUCAUUACUGGUAAUUUGGACAAGCUUUCAAAGUUAAUGAAGAUUGCGGAAGUGAAGAACAACGUAAUGGGUCAGUUUCACAAUGCACUCUACCUAGGAGAUGUUAAAGAGCGUGUCAAGAUACUGGAGAAUGCUGGUCAUUUGCCUCUAGCUUAUAUCACGGCCUCGGUUCAUGGUUUAGAUGACAUUUCUGAGCGACUGGCGACGGAGCUAGGAGACAACGUCCCCUCUUUGCCUGAAGGGAAAACUCCAUCGCUUCUAAUGCCACCAUCCCCCGUCAUGUGUGGUGGUGAUUGGCCUCUUCUAAGAGUGAUGAAAGGAAUAUUUGAAGGCGGGCUUGAGAGUGCAGCCAGAGGAGGGGCUGUUGAUGAAGAAGAAGAUGUAGGCGGCGAUUGGGGUGAGGAACUAGACAUGGUCGAUAUGGAUGGAAUGGAGAACAGAGACAUCGAAGCCCUUUUGAAUGAAGCAGAAAGAGAAGAAGAAGAAGAAAACGACGACGGACUUGGAUGGGGGGGACUUGAUGACUUGGAGCUCCCACCAGAGCUUGACACUCCUAAGGUCUCUGCCAACGCACGAUCAUCUGUCUUUGUGACACCUACUCUAGGUAUGCCCGUAAGUCAUAUUUGGAGCCAGAAAUCUUCCCUUGCUGCUGAGCAGGCUGCAGCGGGAAGCUUUGACACUGCAAUGCGUCUGCUCCACAGACAGCUUGGCAUAAAGAACUUUGCGCCUUUGAAAUCGAAGUUUCUUGAUCUGUUCAGUGGCAGCCAUAGCUAUCUGCGUGCUUUUUCCUCAUCUCCUGUGGUUCCACUUGCCAUUGAGCGCGGAUGGAGCGAGUCUUCCAGUCCAAAUGUCCGUGGCCCACCAGCUCUUGUUUUCGAUUUCUCUCAGUUGGAAGAAAAGCUGAAAACCGGCUACAAAGCCACAACAAGCGGGAAAUUCAAUGAGGCUCUCCGUGUCUUCCUCUCUAUCCUCCACACCAUCCCAUUGGUGGUAGUCGAGUCAAGAAGAGAAGUCGAUGAGGUUAAGGAACUGAUCACAAUCGUAAAAGAAUAUGUCCUCGGUCUUCAAAUGGAGCUAAAGAGGAGAGAGAUGAAAGAUGAUCCGGUGAGGCAGCAAGAGCUCGCUGCUUACUUCACCCACUGCAACCUCCAAACACCUCAUUUACGGCUCGCGCUGCUUAGUGCAAUGGGAGUCUGCUACAAAGCCAAGAACAUCGCCACCGCAUCUAACUUCGCCAAAAGAUUGUUGGAAACCAACCCAAGUCUAGAGAGCCAGGCGAAGAUGGCAAGACAAGUUGUUCAAGCCGCUGAACGCAAUAUGACCGAUGAAACCAAGCUUAACUAUGAUUUCAGAAACCCAUUUGUGAUAUGCGGCUCAACUUAUGUUCCAAUCUACAGAGGACAGAAAGACGUAUCGUGUCCUUACUGCACCGCCCGGUUUGUACCAAGCCAGGAAGGUAACAUCUGCACGGUGUGUGAUCUUGCGGUAAUUGGUGCAGACGCAUCUGGUUUGCUAUGCUCUCCGUCUCAAGUUCGGUGAUCAGCUCAGAUUGAUAAUAUCUUUGAGAUUUUUCUGUGGUCCUCUGGUUCAGUGGACGAGGUAAGUGAAAAGAGACUAUAAAUAGUACAAAAUAAUUUGCUUUCGCAGAGUUAUGUUCCAAUCUACAGAGGACAGAAAGACGUAUCGUGUCCUUACUGCACCGCCCGGUUUGUACCAAGCCAGGAAGAUAACAUCUGCACGGUGUGUGAUCUUGCGGUAAUUGGUGCAGACGCAUCUGGUUUGCUAUGCUCUCCGUCUCAAGUUCGGUGAUCAGCUCAGAUUGAUAAUAUCUUUGAGAUUUUUCUGUGGUCCUCUGGUUCAGUGGACGAGGUAAGUGAAAAGAGACUAUAAAUAGUACAAAAUAAUUUGCUUU